AUGAUACAAUGCGGGAGGAGAUCAACAUGUAGAGCAAGGUCUCCUGGUCCAAGUCCCCUGUCAGGAUGUGGUUCAACAUCAAGGGCAAGGCGCAGGAUUUCCAUGCGGAUAACGAUGCUACUACCCAAGGAUGGGACGAAGGUGAUUAACGGAGGACCAGCUGCUUGUAGAGGGACACAGGCGCUGCCAAGAAAAGCAGAAUUGGUACAGUUAAAGCAUUUGGACCAUGCUCCCCCCUCUCUCUCUCUUCAUACAUCAAAAUUGCAGCUACCUCUUUUCUUUCUUUGUUGCUGCUUGGUCAGAGCUCUUUUUAACUGCUAUGCCUCUUUUGCCAAAUAUAAAUAUAAACAAUCUACUUAUCCGAUUGUUUGUUGGAGCAGCCCAACUUAUCUGAUUGUUAGUUAUUAUGUUUAUGUUGUUCCUUAUGGGCCUACUUCAGAACGGUCGUUGAAGCGAAAUAUCGAUCAUGUUCGUAGAUCAGGGAAUGAAUUUGAUGUGUCACGCCUGACAAAAGCCCAAGAUUACAGAAUCUUUGUGUCGACGUGGAAUGUUGGUGGCCAAUGCCCAUCAAGGGGGUUAAAUUUAGAUGACUGA